AUGAAGUCUUCGGACAUAGGUUUGAUCGACCGUCCAACAAAGACAUGGUCAGACACACUCAAGAACCAGCUGAUGCCAACAUCUGGCGAUAUCAAUGCAAUGUUCUCAGUGCUGCUGGAUAACUUGGCAAACAUCGCGUCAAUGUACGCCAUUCUCGUGUACAACUUUGGCAUGCCAUCGGAAACUGUGGCACUCUUCUUCAUACCCGGCCCAGCACUGGGCGUCAUGCUGGGCAGCAUCUCACUGUCACUCUAUGCCAUCUACCUGGAUCACAAGAACGUGGAGGACCGCGUACUAUACACAGCCAUUCCAAUGGGCCUGGACGCGCCGUCCACGAUCGGCCUGCAGCUGCUUGUGGUCGGUCCCGCCUUUGUCAAGUCCAAGGCGGCCGGCCGCUCAGACUACGACGCCACAAUCGACGCGUGGCUCGUCGGCUGCACCACAGUCUUCCUGAUUGGCAUGUUCAAGCUUCUGCUGACCGUUGUCAGUUUCGCUCAGCGCUACUUCCAUCCCGUGGGCAAGUCGGCCGCGUUGGCUGGCAUUGGUCUAUCGCUUCUUGGACUUAACGAGCUUCUAACGAUCCUCGUCGAGCCUGUGGCUGGCUGGAUCUCUCUAUGGCUCAUAUUCCUGAUAUUGUUGCAGCGCGUCAACCAGGAGCACCAGAUCAUCAACAUCAACCUGCCAUUCAAUCUGUCAGGUGUGCUGGUCAGCGCUGUGAUCGGCUCGACAGUGUACUACAUCAUGGCGGCCGCCAAGAUAUCGGUGGUGCCAAUGCCCACCGGCGUGCUGUCCAACUACCUAUUGAGUUACCCACAUCCCGCCGACAUCUUCUCCAGCUUUGUCACGGCUAUCAAACAGAACAUCUCCAUCGCGCUGCCCUACGCCAUUCUGGUCAACAUUGGAGGCCUCACAGUGACGGACGCCGCUGUCUCAGUCGGUAACGAGUACAACACUCGCGUUGUUCUGUUCCUCGACGCCGUGUGCACUAUCAUCUCGAGUUUCUUUGGCUCGACCACUCAGACAACACCAUACAUUGGACACUCGGUCUUCCAACAAAAGUUCAAGGCCAGGUCUGGCUACUCGAUGAUCACCGGCCUGCUCAUCGGCCUGGGCGGCUUCUUGGGCUACAUCUCAUUCCUCACCAACAUUCUGCCAAAGCCUGCCAUCAUCCCAAUCUUCAUCUUCAUUGCCUUUGAGAUCUGUUCGGCCACAUUCCAUCCACCGACUCCCAAUGGCAUCAAACAACAUCAUGCGCCAGCCAUCAUCUUUGCCUUCUUCCCAGCACUCUUCCAGUUUGUAAACAUCAUCCUCUCACAAGUAUCGCCCGUACUUUCAUUCGCCGUCACCGACCCAGUAUUGGUCGAGAAGACCUUCAACAUAUCCGAGGCAUCAGUUCAAACGAUCGGUGUGAUCGUGGUGCUGGCGCACGGCUUCAUCUGCACCAGUCUGUUCUGGGGCACAUCGCUGGCCUAUGUACUUGAUAACAAGCUAAAGCAGGCUGCGCUCUUCCUGGGCAUCACGGCCGUGCUCACAUUCUUUGGCAUCAUCCACAGUGUCAAUCCCAAUGGCGAGGUUUACGUGCCGUGGCAGAGUGGCUCAACACUGCCCUACCAAUGGGCGGCUGGCUACCUCAUCAUAGCAAUAAUGACCUUUGCCUUUAGCUAUGUCCGUGGCGAGAUUGAGCAAGUCAACCUAGGUAUACAGGCGCCCGAUUUCGAGGAGAAGUCAUUCGAUCGACCCUAA